GAAGCCUCUCGGCUUCCUCCGGCAGGCUGUCCCAUGACGUCACUCGCCCGGCGACGCCGGCCUCUGUUGUCCUUCCACGUGGGCGCGAUGGAGAAGGCGGCAGAGGCGACCCGUGGCGCGAAUCCCCCUCCGGGGCUGGCCCUCCACGGAGGCCUGCUGGCGCUCACCGGCGGGACGAGGCUCCUGGCUGCCCCCUUGAAGGAGCCCAGCCAUGAUGAUAUUUUUGUUUAUGACUGUGCCACUGCCAACAAGAAUCCUCAGGAAAAGCAAGGAAAAGAUGGAAAGUCAUCAGGUAAAGCAAGUCAUGAUAUCCUCGCCUGUGCAUUUUCUGCAUCAGGAACAUAUUUUUCUCUGACUGAUGACAACAAACAACUGAUUCUUUUUCGCACAAAGCCUGCUUGGGAAUGUCUUAGUAUAAGAUCUGUCAUUAGAAGAUGUACUUCCCUGGUUAUAACAUCAACAGAAGAUAAGAUCCUGGUUGCUGACAAAUCUGGCGAUGUCUAUUCUUACUCUAUCACAGAACCAGAAAACCCAGGAACAAUUGAACUUGGGCACUUGUCUCUUCUGUUGGAUGUGGUGCUGAGUCCCAAUGACCAGUACAUCAUAACUGCUGACCGUGAUGAGAAGAUACGAGUUAGUUUGACUAGAGCACCGCAUAACAUUGUCUCCUUUUGCCUGGGACACACAGAAUUUGUCAGCAGAAUAUUUGUCAUUCCUAACUAUCCAGAUCUUCUCUUAUCAGCUUCUGGGGAUUGUACAUUGAGGCUCUGGGAGUAUAGACAUGGUAAAGAAGUUUAUUGCUGUCACCUGAAAAAUUUGAACAUGGGUGAAGCCACCAAAAAUGAGAAGAAAUACACAGUCUUAAGGAUAGCCUACUGUUGUGAAGAAAGUUGCAUUGCCAUUCUAUAUGACUGUGCUCCCACAAUAUCCAUCUUCCAGCUUGAUGCUGGUGCUCAGAAACUCAUCGACAAGCAGCAUAUCCCUUUGAACUGCAAAGGCUGGGACAUUGCUUUUGAGGACACAGGUGGACUUUGGGUUCUACAGGAGGACAUGGAAACACCUCUUCUCUUCUACCAACUUGUGGAUGGACAAUGGCAGCCUGAUAUUGAAGACAAAGGAUUGAAGAAAAUGACAAAGUACAUUCAUGACAACUGGACAGCCUUUGAAGGCUGCGUUGGCAGAGAGAGUUGCUACCAAAAUCUCUACAAGGCUUCUUUUGAUAACAUGGCUGUUUACCUACAAAAGAAGGAAGAGAGACUCCAGCAGCAGAAAAAGAGUAAAAGGAAGGAUUCACAGCCUGAAUCAAAUGGACAGACAAAAAAGAUCAGAACAGAAGUGCUGCCCUUGUGACUUUCAAGUGUGCCAAAGGAUUUGGAAAAACCUUAGUACAAAAUCUCUUUUUGAGACUCAGUGGAGAAUGAGCCAACUUGAUAUUCAUCCCAAAAAAAGCUUGCCACCUGGCUAGUGGCAAAUGUGAAUGGACGUAGGCUGAUUCACAUCCCUCUUUGCCAAAAAUAAUUAUGUCUCAUGUAACUUGUUCUUAGCCAUUCACCUCAAGUGUUGGGUGUUAUUGGGAGAUGCCGCUAUGACAUAGUUUUAUGAAAUAGGCUUUCAGGUAAACUUCCUCUUCCAAAUCCAAUUCAUUUCCUCAUUUUUUGCUUUCCUGUGUGUCUGUUGAUUGGCAAUAUGAUGGAUUUUCCUUAUUUGAAUAUAUAUAUAUAUAUGAAAUCCUGCUUAAGACUAAACAUCCAAUGUGGACAUCUUUCCUUAUUUUGCUUGUACCAGCACUCCCAUGAGAAGCAGUGAAGUUUUCUGAAAAUAAACAACAAAACCUACAAAUGAACGACUGCCAGGGAGGGGAAUUUGGUUGGUCGGGUGAGAUGCAUGUGAUCAAGAUUUCAUAUUGUAAUGACUGUCCUAUUAAUCAUUUAUGCAUCAAGCAAUUUUCAAAAUUGUUUUGAUUAGUCUUGAAUGAUUGCUGGUAACAAUUAAAGCAGAUCCUUUUGCAUUCAUCAAGGGGAUCUGAUGAGAUUGAAAUAGAAAAACUGCAUUUUAAUCAAUGAAAGAACACCCUACCCCAGUUAUCCUUAAGCUGUUUCCUUCAGAUAUUUUGAAUAAUCCCCAGAUAUUGUCCAUGAUGAUCUUAACUGAUGAGUUAGAGAAAGGGCAGUAAGUCUUAGGAGAUCCCAAAUGGAGUCCUUGGAUCAUAUUUUUCCACCCAAGUCCUGCAAGUGAAAAUCUAAUAUGCUGUAGCUAGAAACUAUAAAUAUCCAAAGAAUUGUGAAAUUAAUGUCAUAAGAAUCAUUUUUGCUGAUGAUGUGAAUGAAACCAAUGUCCUAUGCAGAAUCUCGUACUGAAACUUUGCUGUCGGAGACACAAACAGAAUGAAUUACAUUAGCCAACACAUAUUUUGGUGCCUCAAAUGUUUGUCCUGUUUCUGGGUAUAUUUGUCUUGCUAAUUUGAAAAAUAGCACCAGUUAUCCCUUAUCAGCUAUAGAUUUCGAGAUACAGAACUUAUACUGCAUGCCAAUCUUCAUCUGCUUGACUAUAGAUUCCUGAUAACCAUAUCUAAGUAAUAGAGCUGAUGUGGUCUAUCCAAUGCAAUUUUCUGAAUCAGCGCCCCAGAUAACUCCAGAAACAGGCUUAAAAAACAAGACACCAAGAAUAUUUUGGGAGCUGGGCUGUGUUACAAUAAGUAGGUUUCUCCUUUCCUAUGCUGACAUCUCACCCCCAAAUUUCAAUAUUCAAGUUGAUUCAUGCAAUAGCCAUUUCCCAAAGGCUGGUUGACAUGAGCCAAAUUAUAUAUUUCUUGCUUAUGUGGUCAUGGGCAGGACUGCUGAACAUUAGGGGGACCAUAAUAUUUUAUAUUCCCUUCUGCCAAGCUUAAAAGAUGCCAAAAUUCUGAUGGGAACUGGUUACAUUUAUAGAUGCUAACUGGUAACCCCUGGAUUACAUAAUGUCUAGACAAGCCCACAGCUCAGUGAUGGACAUUUGCCUGUAUCCCUCACAGUCCACACCACCAUCUUCUCGAAAAAGAGGUUUUGUUCUGGUCACUUGCAACCAGUUCUAGGGGGAUUUGUGUCAAAAACACAUCUCUAGAUUUUGAUUUCACUGUAUCAGGGCACUUAGCUAGAGGUUUUGUGUGUAGUAAACGUGUAUGGAGUAAGCACAGAUUGCACAGAGUGCCACCAACCGUGGACAUUGUGAUUUCUAGUUCUGCAUUUGUUCAACCAUGAGGGCAAACAAGAACUGGAGUUGGCACUGAACACUUGUGCCCUAAAUUGCAAUAGCAGUUUUACAUUUCUGCAAAGGUUUGAUUGCUUGCCUGUUAAAGAUUGAAUAUAUAGCUCUCCAGAUGGUCUUGAAUCCCAGUUCCUAUCAGCCCUCAAUAGCAUGGACAGUGCCGCAGUCCCAACAUCAUUUGGAGAGUCCCACAUUUUCCAUUCCUUGUAUAUUUGGAUGAAGCAUAACAUCAGCAAAAGAAGUAAAAUGAUCUAAAGAGAGCUUAUUUUUCUCUGUCUUGAUGCUAUUCAAACCCAAGUAGGAGUUGUAUGAAAAGGAAUAUAUAUAUAGUACAAUGGCAAUUUUUCAUACAAUAUUCCUUUGUUACCAGCAACAACAGAUACUAUAAACUAAUGGAUGAUAUUAAAAAUGGGGUGCUAUUAAAUAGAUUUGGCCUUUUUUUCCAAUACAUCUUCCAAUAUUUCCUCUCAACUAGUUUAUGUGCCUGGUUUAACACAUCAUCAACACAUCCCUCAUUUCCAUAAUGAUUCUUUUAAAAGGCCUGCACAUUGCUACUUAUCUAGAAGUGGAGACCAAACUGCUGUUUGUUAUUGAAAAAUCUUUGUCUUAGCUGAAUUCGUAUUCCUUUUGUUGAAAUACGACCUGUAAAUGUGUAAAAUCCAGCCUUUAAUGGUUGUGCCACAUUAUAAAUACAUGUACAUUUUAAACAGUUCUUCUCUGAAGACUGUCGUGUUUGUUUUUUAGAUAUAUUAGUAGUUUAUGUCUAGUAAUAUAGAAAAUAGUAUUCCAUUCAUAGGCUGAGAUUCUAUAUGAGGGCUUCUUAAACUUUUUCCACUUGCAACCUCAUUCCGCUCAAUAAUUUUUUUAUGUAAUCUCAGAUAUAUAAGUAAAGGUAAAGGUUUCCCCUGACAUUAAGUCUAGUCAUGUCCAACUCUGGGAGGUGAUAUUCAUCUCCAUUUCUAAGCUUAAGAGCCGGUGUUGUCCAUAGAUACCUCCAAGAUAAUGUGUCCAGCAUAACUGCAUGGAGCACCAUUACCUUCCCACCAAGGUGGUACCCACUGAUCUACUCACAUUUGCAUGUUUUCGAACUGCUAGGUUGACAGAAGCUUGGACUAAUAGUGGGAUCUCAGAUUGCCGAUCAUUCGGUCAGCAAGUUCAACAGCUCAAUGGUUUAACCCGCUGUGCCACCAGGGGGCAGAUAUGUAGAUAUAUAAAAAGGUAUAUAUAUCAAAUAUUUCUAAUAAUAAAUCGGCAUUUGCAAACUU